GUUGUAACUGUGGGUGUUUUGCGGUGUCGCUCCUUGAUUUUGAAGGAUUAGGUGUCGCAUUUGCUAUAAUACGUCAUUUAGGCCGAGUAAACAUGGAAUGCGUGACGAUAAUACAAGGCAAUUUAGAUAAAGUAGUAGCGUAAGGUCAGCAUCCCACGAGGUGUUUAGUAUGUUUUGGCCCUAGAUGGCAGCGCUCGUUCCGGUUUGUGUGUGUGUGUGUAGCGUUUAUUUGUGAGAGUUAGUUCUGUGAGCUUGGCAGCGAGCGAUCCUCUGGUGGGCCGGAAUGAAGAAGUAGUGAGCGUUUGCGUGCUUGGAAUCGCGUUGGUCGCCCAUUGGCCGGAUCCGCACCUGCUCGGAUUGGCGCGGUCGUGGAGGGGCGCCAUUACGCUCUAGUACCGUGGAUAAGGCAUAGAGGGCUAUAGACUGAACAUACAUGGGUCAUAAAGGAUUGGAAGAAGUAGAGGAGAAGGUGCAAGAAGUAGUCAGAGGGUUAAACGAGGCCGUUGAAGAUUUAAGUGCGGGUCGUAAAGGUGCGGUGCUAAUCAUCGGACUAUGACAAGUGCGAAGUGCAGUGCUCGGAACCGGCAGCAAUGAGUUCCAAGUUCAUCAUCGAUAGCAUGCUCCCGAAGUACCACCAGCAGUUCCACCACCAGCAGCUGUUCCAGAGCGCCACCACCGAAGCCCCCGCCGCCUACAGCUCGAGCUCGCCGAGCGGCUCCUCGCCCCAGCACUCCUCCAGCAGCGCGUCCACCUCCCCCGCCGCCAGGAUGUACCCCUACGUGUCGGCCGCACACCACCACCACCAGGCGGCGGCCGCGGCCUUCGGCGCCGCCGCCUCCGGCUCCAUGGUGCCGUCGUUCUCGUCCACGGCCAGCAGCGCGCUCGCCGCCGCCGUCGACGCCGCCACCGACAAGUCCUGCAGGUACACGGCGGGACUCGCGGCGAACGUGACCCCGGCCGACUCGAUGGUCAACUACACGCUCGGACAGCACCACCACAACGGCGCCGCCGUCUCCGCCGCCAGCUCCGUCAGCGCCGCCUCCGCCUCCAUGGCCGUCGCGGCGCAGUUCUACCACCAGGCCGCCAGCGCUGUUGUCGACCCGCUCAACUCUUGCUCGCAGCCUGCAGCACCUGGGGGACAGCCCAUUCCAGACAUCCCGAGGUACCCUUGGAUGUCCAUCACAGACUGGAUGAGCCCAUUUGACCGAGUGGUCUGUGGUGAGUACAAUGGUCCGAACGGGUGCCCUCGACGACGCGGUCGGCAGACCUACACAAGGUUUCAAACUUUAGAACUCGAGAAAGAGUUUCACUUUAAUCACUAUUUGACCCGGCGGAGACGCAUUGAAAUCGCACACGCCUUGUGUCUGACAGAGAGACAAAUCAAAAUCUGGUUUCAGAACAGGAGGAUGAAGCUGAAGAAGGAGCUGCGGGCGGUGAAGGAGAUCAACGAGCAGGCCAGGCGGGAGCGGGAGGAGCAGGAGAGGCACAAGCAGCAGCAGCAGGAGAAGCAGCAGAAGAUCGAGCAGCAGACGCACUCCUCGAUCCACCAGCACCACCACGACCCCAUGAAGAUGAGCUUGGACAAAAGUGGGGGCUCCGAUCUACUCAAAGCCGUCUCGAAAGUACCUACAUAAUUGUGCAGUGACUCCGACAAGUGUCAGUGACUGGACUCUAGUGACGAGUGACUUGACCUUUUGUUUUAUACAAAGAAGCUUCGUUAUUUGUGUUUUGAUUCGUUGUACAUAAAGUAGUGUGUUCACGUUAAUAUUUUAUACUUAAAAGUAAUUUUUAUAGUAUUUUUUUAGUUAGACGAUCAGGUUCUGAUCUAAACUCAUUGACGUUAUUUUACGUACCACUGUUGUGAUUAAUUAUUUAAGUUUAACAAGCAUUUGAAAUGCGUCAUGUUUUUAUACUCUUUGUUUUUUUUCAAUAGUGAAAUUCGCAGAUUUGUUGCUUGUUACGUUUUACUUUGUUUUAACUUUGUGCCAAGCUUAGAAAAGCAACCAGCCAUAUUAUAGUGAACAGGACUCACUCAUAUAUUUUUACAAGUUUCCAGCAGUUUUUCCGAUGACUAAAGAAAACUGAAAAACGGCCGAGUAUUUUACUCUUAGUACUCUUAUACGUAAUUUGGUGUCAGGGUAGUAAAAAACCUAAAAAAAUACAGUUUAGUAGAUUAAAACAAAAAUUAACUUACAUCUAAGCGUAAUUUUCCUUCUAAUUCAUAGCUAUUGUCGUAUCCCAACUCGUCUUCUCGUGUAAAAUAUUUUCUUAGAUUAUUGAUGUUGUUAUGUGUAAACUAUGUAAUAGUUUGUUGGCGGGUGAGCCUUCUCCACAUUUAGAUACGUAAAAUUGUACAAUAUUUUCAAGUCACAAAUUGUAAAGCAAAAUGUAAAUUUUUUGUUUAAUAUGUAAAGAAAAUGAAUACGUAUACGCCAUUUUUGUUAUUUUUUUGAGAAAAAUUCUAUUUUCUUUUCGGUAUUACUGAGUUGUUUGACCGAUCCUUCACUUAUCAAUUAAUAUUGUACAGAACAGUUACUGUAAAUACAUAUAGCUACGGCCAUGUAGACGUAUUGUUAAUGAAUUCCCUAUAUUCAAGCAAACUUGGACUGAUUAACGCUUUUAAGGAAACAAAAGCUUACUAGAGUAGGUUCAUAUUUAGCAACCAGUAUGUAGUACAAGUACCAAUACUUGCCUAGGAUUUCGUUUAAUUUAUUUUAGUCGAUGUGUACCUUCUGGAAUUAAUUUCGCUUUCAUUCGAACCCCACACCGGUGUGACUGUUGUUCCGUUCGAGUCUGAAAAUGUUUGCAGCUCUCUUCAGCCUGUGAUAGAAAAUCCGUUAGAUUUUGUGAAGCUGUAUUGACUUACACUUUUUCGUUAUAACUGGGUUUGCAUUGAUGAAACCGAAAUUUGUUAAAAGUGCAAUAAUUUGUUGGUUGUUAGUUCUCUAGAAAAACACGUGCAAUCCUUAUCAUUUUCGAACGAAAUGAUUCAGAGCAUAUCUUUGGUACAACAUUUGUUAAGUUUGUCGUCAGUGUAAACCUGUUAUUCCCUUUCCGUUUUCGACCAUUUUAUAGAAAACCAUAUCAUUUGUGCGAUUUUUUUGUUGUGGAACGUUUGUAUGACUGUAAUUAACGUAAUUUAUAAAAUGUUUAUAAUAUCGUAAGUAGUGUAAGUGUACAUGUUUCGUACUGUUUGAGGUAGACUUCCAUACCAGCUCUCCAAGCCGAAUUACUCUUCAAUGUAUUAUAAAAACCGUCACUUCUAUAGUGCUACCAUUUGCUUUGAUGCCAUGUUUCAUAUAUAACUGUAUAACCUAUAAGAUGUAUUGUACAGAUUGUCUGAACUGAAUAAAUAUUUCUUUGGAAAUACAAA